AUUGAGAGACACUUUUUUGAGAAAUGAGUUCGCACUCUCAUGCGAGGACGUUGUGCUCCGGAAAUGCAGUCUCUGGCGCAUUCUCAGCGCUCCAUCUCCUGCGGAGUUACAGCCUCUUCGCUCCGAACUCAGAUCUAUGCAGGUACGAAGCGUACCCGCCUCGGGACUACGGCUUCGUCGAGCCGGAUAUUCUGUCGAGUUCCGUGUCGGCGGAUUCCCCGUCCUCGCCGUUAACGUCCUCCCCGUUGUCGGCGACGUUCCCGCUCCCAGGGACUCUGCUCCAGCCACCCUUUCUAGCGAUGCCACCCUUGAUGCAAUCCCUGAGCGUGCCUCAAUCCUUCUCGACUUCUCCCACAGGUGCUGUGAAUCGUCACUUCGUCACUACAAAUGGCAUAACCGCUCUUCACAGAAGACCCAGAAGCGAGAAGAAACCGAUCCCGGACGAUCAGAAGGACGAGAAAUAUUUCGAGAGACGUAAACGGAAUAAUCAGGCGGCGAAAAAAUCGCGGGACGCCCGCAAGAUCAGGGAGGACCACAUUGCACUAAGGGCGACGAUGCUGGAGCACGAGAACGCGAUCCUGAAGGCGCAGAUCGUGACCCUUCGGGAGGAGGCGCAAUCGUUGCGGCAUAUGCUGAUCAAGCAACACACCCCGGCGAUACAGUCGAUCGAACGAUCGCUCUCGUCGAUGACACCCGUAACGCUCUCCCCUCCGCACACGGCCGCCAGUCUAGAUUGUUAAUUCUCGGAGAUCCCUCCGAAAAGCGUGUACCUAAGAAUGUUUAUAUACAUAACGAAAAACUCAAAUCUAUGUAAUUUACACGGAGUCACACGUUCACGUAGCAAACACACGCGCGAAAAUGAUCCUUUAUAUAUACGUAUAUUAAUUACAUUCGUGACGAUCGAUUUCAUAAAGUACAACAAUUCGAAAAGUAUAUUAGCUAUACGAAUUGUUAAAUAUUUCUCUCUCGCUCUCUUUCUGCGUUAACAACGGAAAAUCGAUUUUAUAGUAGUUUCGGAGGCGAUAAAAUAUCCGAAGAGACUUCGAGAUUAUAUUUAUUGUUGGAAUUAUUAUCAUCAGUUUUAAGUGUAAUUAUAUAUAACUGUUGCUUGAAUACUAAUAAAAGAGAUGAUUCAAGAAAUAUAUGUAAACGGAAACCGAAAA